GUGAGGGCCCGCAUGACGUCGAGAAACCUACAGCUCUCGAUUCUUCUGCCCAGUAGCGUGGCAAGUGUCACAGGCGACUGACGAAGGGAGAGAGAACUGCUGAGAGGAAGAUCUAAGGAAAUUAGGACGUGUCUUGUCCUUCGCUGCGUCUUUAAUCUUUUUUCUUUUGUUCUAUUUCUUUCGUCCUUAUUUUCUUCACUUUUGCCCCCAAUUAUCCCGGAGGUCCUUGCGUGUUCCCGAGCCUCCAAGAUGGGCGUUAAGCUGGACGGCCUCCUAACACAGCUGGGCACAGGAAAAUGGAACAUAUUGCACUGCCUCGCCCUCUCUUACUGUGUGUCCUUACCCGCCUACCACACCCUGGGCGGAGCUUUCCUGGCGCCCAAGGUGGACUAUGCAUGCCGCCCACCUGACUACGCCCACACCAACAAAUCGGUCACCGCAUAUGGGAUGGAUGGGACAGACUUCCAAGACGACUGUAGCUUCUUCGCCAAAUCCCCAGUCACUGGACGCUUCGACGAGAAGAAAUGCACGCAGUGGGUCUUCGAUAAUUCAACCUUCACGUCUUCUGUCACUUCGGAGUUCCAGCUCGUGUGCGGACGUGGAUAUUUGAGAGCGACCUUCACAAGCAUCUACAUGUUCGGGGUACUUGUCGGCGCGCCACUGAACGGCCUCUUAGCUGACAAGUACGGCCGACGUCCUACCGUGGCCAUAGGAUCUCUCCUGUACUCCAUCAUCGCCAUUGGCUCGUGCUGGCUUCCCACGCUGUCCAUCCUUAUGAUCGCGCGCUUCCUGCUGGGCACGAUGCACCCCACGAUCAUGAAGACGGGUUAUAUCCUCGCCAUGGAGGUCACCGAGCCUCGCCUGAGAUCGGUCAUGGGCAUCAUGCUCUUCCUGCCGUGGGCGCUGGGCACGAUGGCCUGGGGCGGCAUCGCGUACCUGGUGAGGGACUGGCGUUGGCUGCAGCUCACCGUGUCCCUGCUCACUCUCAUCUUCCUGCCGGCGCUCCUGUUCAUGGACGAGUCCCCGAGGUGGCUGGUGGUGCGAGGGUACCACGGCCUUGCCCUCAGGACGCUGCAGAAGGCGGCCAGAUGGAACAAGGCCUCGCUCCCGCCGCCUCACAGGAUCCUGCAGAUUCUCAAGGACGGCCAGCAUGAGGUACACCCUACCAAAAGGCAUAACGCGGACGAUGCUUGUAGUUUCAAUGGGCUAAUAAGGAUGUACGUGGGGAGCGCUUUCAUUCUGUUCAGAACGCCCCGCCUUCGCAUCAUCACUCUGUGCAUGUACAUCGACUAUCUGAUCGUCGGGAUGGUGUACUACGGACUCUCUCUCGGCGGAGGCAACUUCAGCAGCGACCCGUUCAUCUAUAUGGUGUUAAUGGGCGUGAUGGAGGUGCCUGCGUAUACUGUGAUGGUGCCUGUGGUGACGAGCUUCGGCAGACGAGCCCCAACGGUCUUCUUCUUCCUGUUUAGUGGGGCUGUUUUGCUCUGUUUGCCUUUCAUUCCUUUGGGAUGCGGCUGGCUCGCGGUCACGUUAGCCAUGAUCGGCAAAAUGAUGAUCACGUCUGCCUUCCAAAUCAUCGCACUUUAUUGCUCCGAACUCUUCCCGACGGAGGUGAGGACCCGCGGCGCCAGUACGGCCUUCAUGAUGUCUCGUCUCGGCUCCACCUGUUCGCCCUUCAUCACCGAGUACCUUGGCGCGGCGUACCCUUGGGCGCCAUCCGUGGUGUUCGGCGUCUCGUCCAUCGUCGCGGGUCUGGCAACACUGGCACUGCCCGAGACGCUGGGCGUGGCGCUGCCUGACACUAUCGCCCACCUGGAGGAGAGGGCAGCGCUGGGCGCGAAGAGAAUGUUCAUCCGAAUGCUCACGCGCGAGUACAACUCUGGCCUCCGCUUCAGCCCCGCCCUGACUCGCCCUCCUCGACUAACUCUUAGGGAAACGUCCUCCAUCAUGAUCCAAGAGCGGCAGGAGGAUCAUCCACGGCAGGAGCAGAACGACGAAGCUCGGGAGGAGGAGCAGCAAGAGCAGGGUUCAUUCAGGCACACGAAACCGACGAAAGACGAGGCUUCUGAAGCUCCACGCGGUGAGGUCACUGAACUAACGACGCGCCAUGAAACAGAGAAGCCGGGUAUUCGACCGUGUAUCGAACCGUCGAGAUUCAUGUGGCUCGAACCCAUGUCUUCAUCCAGUUCGAAGAGCGGAGUGUUCAGUGGGAAAUGAAAACGUAAAAUGAUGUUUUUUUGCCUUUGUUUUUGUCCGUUUUAUUCUUUGAGGUAAUGAACUGAUGAUGAUGAUGAUCGGAAGUGGAGGUAAAGAAUUAUGAAAUGAGAUUUAUUUCUCUUUCUAUCUGUGGGUUUGUGUUUUCUGCUGAAGAGUAUGAGGUAUGAGUUAUAUGUGCUUUUAUAAGUUAUACAUAAAAAAAUAGGCGAGUGUAUGCGUGCGUGUGUGUUUAGUUCGAUCCCUGAAAAGUAGCUUGUUAUUAAUGUAAAACGUAUUUCAAAUCCAGAAUCUACUGUAACUAAGUAAAUGAUUCACAUUACAUAAUGCACGUCACAUUGUUAAAAGUGCUCUACUGUCAGAAAAUCUACACUGUAACUAAAUAAUCGUCUUCA